AUGCCACCUAUCCCGACAGCGCUGGAUGCUGAGGCCCUCUCUCUAAUCGAAUCCAUCCAACGGCACCAUAAUGACCUCUCGGCUUUUCAGAUUCCUCGGCUGAGAGCAUGUACUGGUCCUUUGGUGACGCAACAAGCGUGGGCGGCGGAGGUAAGGGAGGACAUCGAAGGCCUGGCAAGGCAGAUCGAGGACCUGGAUGUCCUGGUUGACGACCAGAGGACUGAACGGGCGAAGAGAGAGCUGAGGACGAAAGUGGACGCUUUCCGUGAUUCGUUAGUCAGCGUACGGAAAGACUCUCGAGCAGCAUUGCUGGCGUCGAAACAUGCAAUUGACGCACAAAGUCGGUCACAGCGAGAGGAGUUGUUGCGGUCCCCCGCAAUUCGAGAGAAAAGCACAAGCUCCUCGGGCGAGAAAGUCACCGAAGACGCACUAAUGAAAGCCAAUCAUGAUGUCACAGACGCUCUACAACGAACAAUAGGACUCAUGCAGAAAGAGCUCGAGCGCAGUGUCUUGUCAAGCCAGUUACUAGGCAAGUUCUUCUCACUACUACCGUUUUCCUUCAAUACCCAUCGUCCGUUCAAUACAGAAUCAUCCACCGCAACUCUCCAAUCUACAUCCACAACAUACGACACGCUCGAUCUCAUCCUUGGCACCUCCAAACAACUCAUUACCGCACUCGAAAAGACCGACUGGCUCGAUCGCAUCCUCAUAAUUUCCGGCCUCGUGUUUUUCGGCCUCGUGGUCCUGUUCAUACUAAAGCAGCGCAUCAUCGACCGCGGGCUGCGCAUUGCCUUUUUCUGGACGAGAUUAUUACCUAGCUCCGGCUCAAGUGCGAAUAUAGUGGUGCAGAGGGCUGGGGAUGUUGUGAUGAGUGCAUCGGCCAGUGCGGCUGCUGCGUCAGUUGUGCUGGCACCGCUCAUAGGUGGUCAGGAUGGCGAAGCUGGUCACCUCGUGGAACCCAGCAUGGAUGCGUCUGAAUCCCCUGAUUUUGCGAUACCGACUAUGGAGCCACGGACUACUGGACACAUACGUGUUGAUCUAUGA